AUGCACGGCUCCCGCCGCACAGCGAGUCUGCAGCCUGGCGACUAUGAUCACGAAAUCACAAUUACAGAUGACGAAGAGGCCCAGUCGCUGCAGGCUACGAGCAGUGAAGGCGGAGGACUUUUUCUCACAAAUACCUCGACGCGCUUACUCUCGGAUCGGGGGGCAGAAACAGAGGAAGAACAGGGCCAGCCGUCAGAAGGCGGGAGAGAUCCAGGUCAUCUGCAGCCGACUGCGUCAACGGGCAAAGAUGGCGGAGCUCCAAUUUAUCAACCAUACACAUCAGAAACUAUCAAUUUGGGCCCCUCAGGUUCUAGUGCAAGGCCGUCGAUUGAGAUUCGCGGUAAGUCACUUGCUUUUGCGCCAAGGUCGAGAGAACAACGAGAGUCGACCAUAGACAUUCUCUAUGAGAAUGAAAGAGGAGGCUUCUGCUGUGGCGUUGCUCUAUUUGCCAGUGCAGCUCUUGGAGGACUUGAUCCCACCCCGUGGACCAACAAAUAUCACAAUCCAUCUCCCACAGACAUUCGCACUGCACAAGUUCCCGAUCCUUCAUGGGAGUGGGUAUGGCCUGAAUGGCGCAUCAACGAGCAGGAAGGCUUGGACAAAGACGGCUGGGAGUAUUCAUUUGCCUUUCAGAAACUCUUUUCGUGGCAUGGACCAAAGUGGUGGAACUCGUUUGUCAGGCGGCGUGCUUGGACCCGGCAGAGGGCCAAGAGGCGAUCUGAAGACACAGCGGCCGAAAAUAUGCUUGCUGGAGUCGACUAUUUUCACAUCCGUCCAGCAUCUGUUCUCAGUCCACCAUCUCAGAGCAGUCAAGCCGGCAGCAGGGCUCCAAGCAGGGCCCCUAGCAGGACUAGUAUGACACAGGCAUCGACUGCCGAGGGCCGCGAGCGGCCUGAUAUUGAGGAUAUAGAAACGCUUCUUCAGGUUCUCCGCUCCGCCAGGAUUGAUCGAGAGAGGAUAGAAGCCGUCGAGAACUACAUCCAGCACGCGAUAGACCUCACAGAACUACAGCAUGAGAUGCACGAAAUCAUGUCUCUGUUCAUAUUUCAGCAAUCGCGCAGGCAGUUGCUCUCGUACUUGAUGCAGAUACACGACGAGGCUGCAAAGGCAUGGGAAGAGGACAAGAGCCUAGAGCGGAAGUUGCGCAAAGAGGCCCUCGACGCUGCUACGAAACAUGCGGAAGAGGAGGUUUGCAAGCUGGUUUACUGGAGCGACGUGAAGCAGAUGGCCGAGAGUGGAGAGCUGCGAGAUGUGGUUGAUUCUUGUCAGCUGGGAGCUGAUCCGUGGCAAGGCCUGGACAAGAUCGCCACGCGCCCAAACAAUGCCCGGAACCGCAUGUUCAGACAAGCCUUUCGAGAAAAGAGCGAGGCGCGGAUGGAGGAUGUAGAGCGCAAGCUCACUUCGCCAUAUGUCCCCACGGUGAGGGACUAUCCGUCGGCACACGCCGCCAAAGAGAGCAAGAUCCACGCGCUGCAGGCGGCGAGAGUGCAGGUUGCGUUUGACAUGAUAUGGCGGCAUUUUGGCCAGGCCACGCCGGACUGGUCCGAGACGUUUAAUCUUCUCAAGAGGAUGAUGACGAAGAGGAGUGAGCCGUCGAGCAUGGCGGCCAUGAGGAUUGUCCUGCCCAAGUCGUGGGAGCUGGAGCUGGGGAGCAAGAAGAUUGAGUUUGUGGACUCGACAACGGGGCUGCUCGCAAAGCUGCGUGUUUCGUCCGAUCACCAGGACCCUUCUGCGAUUAUCUUGCGCGGGAAGAGCUCGGUAUUGGCGAAUGCGGCAGAAGAACUGGUGGCUGCGUGCAAGGAUGUCGAGGUGUACAGACUCGGGGAGGUUGCGGCGUUUGGCUACGAGGAGAAGCGCUUGUGGCCUGCCAUUGAAGAUGCAGCGGAUGGGGGAUCGUUUAUUCCCGAGGACAAGCUUGACAACAUUUGGGUGCAUCAAGAGCAUCAGACGUACUGGAUCGAUACGCCCUACGAGCAGACUCCCAGGCCGGAGCAGUGGACAGUCGAGAACCUGGACUUGUACAUUACGAUACUGGUUUGUGGCCGGCUGCGUCCACACCUCGCUCUACGAUACUAUGCAAAGCCAGAAAAGGACGGCACCUUUGUCGACACAGAUGGCAUCAGAAUUAAGCUCAUCAUGGAUGCCCUUACGGACGCCGGCGCCAAGGCCUGCAUCACACCAUCCAUCCUAAAGAUGGCCAUGUCAUUCAUGGCCCACAAGGGAGGCCAUAGAGCCGACGCAGACCGACUACUGACUUUGGCGGAGGAAUGGGGCAUACCCUUGGACACAGAAGUAUUUAACAUCAUGCUCGAAGGUUAUGUUACCAAACGUGACGUUUCUUUUUUCCACUGGCUUCUUCGAAAGAUGGAACAGCGAUAUUUCCAACCAAACGCUCGAACGUGGUUGUUGUUCCUCGAGCUCGUCGAAAAGGAGAUUGAGAGGAGGCAAGUCAUCGUGGCAAUGUACGACUUGGGGCUGUUCCAAGACCCAGCUACCCGGAGAGGAAUCGCAAGGAUCAUGGCCACGCAUGAUGCCUACGUUGCGUUUAGGUCGGGGAAACGGCUGGCCGCUUUCAUGGCGGAGCAGAAGUCGCGAUAUGGGGAUGACUGGUUCACGACGGACGCUAUGAACAGCAUCCUGACCGAGUUCUUCCGGUUCCACGAGCGGGAUAAUCGCCGCUUUGACGAAUUUCGGAGCCUCAUCGAGAAGCAAUCUGAAGAUGGCCGCAAGGUCGGUGCCGAUACUAUCAACCUGGUCCUUGAGAAGUGCCUUGCGUACAAGGACUGGGAUACCGCCAUUUGGGCGCUCACCAAGCUGCACGAGUCGGGAUGCGAGGCCGAUGCUUUGACGUACCAGUACGUGAUUCGGCUGGCCAUCAGGAUGCAGCUGCCGCAUGCCCUCGGCGUGGCCGUCUUUUACGGUGCGCUCGAGUACAAGCUGAGGGAUCUCACGCGCGUCAUUCUUCGGCGGCACCUCGUUGAUCACGUCAAGGAUACGUUUUGGCUGCAGCAUAAACCGAAGCUGCUGUCGAAAGAAAUGGGACGCCUCCUCGUGAAUAACAAGGCAAAGGGCUUGUCCAGAAUCGUCUCCCGGGUGGAAUGGGCUGUCAAUCACGCCUGCAAGGGAUACAAGCCGGCGAAGCCCCUCGCGGAGCUUCUCGAUGUUGCUCAGCGGACGAAGGAUUGGCCGCUGGUUCUGCGGCAUAGGUAUCCUCAGUCUUUCCAGUACGAGGGUGCUGAUGCCCCGACGGAGGACCUGGCGAUAAGGAUGGAGAGCGAAGUGGUUGGAAGCAAGCCGAUGAAUGUGAUUUUGAGUUGGAAUUUCGAUCCAAAGACUAUGGUGCAGGGGUGGAAUGAGGAGAGGGAGAAGAAGGCCCAGGAUGCCUCUACGCCAUCUACCCAGUUCGUAUACCAGCCCCCCCCCUUUCAAACCCACCAUGUUAACGACUUCACCAAGCUCUCUUAA